UUGAGUUUUUGCUGGUUAUAUUAUUUUAUUAAUUUGAUAUAAAUAAUAUUUUAAAAUUAAUUGAUAUGGAUUGGAGUAAGCAAAAAUGUUUGGAACUGACAGAUGAGUAUGAAAGACAACUCGUGUUAUGGGAUCCAAAAAAUAAAUGUCAUUAUAAUAAAAUAAAAAAGCAUGAUGCUUGGGAGGCGAUUUCAAAUAAAAUGGGGUGUCAACAAAAGAGGUGGAAACUGAAAUGGAAAGUCUUCUAUCGAGUUUUCGACGGGAAAAAGCAAAAGGGAUAGAAUCCAUUGGAACCGGAAGAGAAAGAGAAGAAAUAUACAUAUCAAAAUGGUAUGCUUUCCAACGUAUGGGUUUUUUGUUAGAUAAGGAUAAACCAAGAGAAACAAUAGAUUCAGUUGAGGAAAAUGAUAAUGCACAACCUUCUGAAAGUGAUGAAGGAGAUGUAUCCACAGAAGCCACCAACUCACAAGAAACCGAAAUACAAACUGAAAAUGCGCCGGUAUCUCCAAAACCACGUACAUCUGCCAUUCCUGUAAAGCAAAUCCAAAAACGUAAAAGAUUAGUUGAAUCAUCGCCAUCGGUAGGAACUUCAGAAGUUGACCAAGCUUUAGGCUUUCUUAAAAAUGCAGCAGCUGAUAAUGACCUUAGAGACGAAUGUGGAGUAUUUGGUCAACAUGUGGCUCAUAAGCUAAGGAGCUAUAAUAAAAUAACCAAAGCUAUUGUGCAGCACCACAUAAAUAAUAUUAUCUUCUCAAUAUUCCAAUCAAUCAAUGCCCAUACAAAUUUCUGUGCCAAACCCUUCAUACUCUCAAUCUUAUUCUCAUCAAGCCUCCCCUAACCUUACUCCUUUACCUAGUCCUUCCCCACAAUCACAAUCCAUUUAUUCAGAGCAGCCCUCCCCGAAUUUAAGUUCUACUCAAAACACACUGCCACACUCACAACUUUCCUUC